AUGCCCCUGACGGCUAAUAUUGAUGAUUUAUAUGCUGCUAUUCUUGGCUAUGAAUUGGAAAAUGAAUGGAAUUCUGAAGAGUUCAAUGCUGGGGAUCAUAAAUGGAAGGUUAGUGUAUAUCCAAAAGGUAGUGGAAAACGAAAGGGAAGUCAUGUUUCCAUUUUCUUGCAUAAAGUAGGAUUUUCCUCAGGUGAAAAAGUUAAGGCUGAUUACUCCAUAUGCAUAAAGAACCAGUAUGGAAAUGGCAAUCGCAAGCAUCUCUUCAAUCACUUGUUUUCGGCUUCUAGCAGCAGUUGGGGAAGACGUAGUUUCAUUCCAAUCGCUGAUAUGAAACAACCAGGAUUUUUAGUUGAAGAUCUCUGCAUUAUUGAAGUUGAAAUUUCUAUUCAAGCUGUCUUCUGGAAUAAAAUUGGAUUUAAAAUGUAA